AUGACCUCGAAGCCAUCGAUAGUCUUCGUGCCUGGUGCUUGGCACGCGCCUCACUACUGGGACAAGGUCAUCGCUUACCUGACCCAGCAAGGCUACAGUUGCUCGACCGUCACAUUGCCAUCGACCCUCGAAAACCCUGACUCAGGUUUACUCGAAGACAUUACUGCAGCGCGCGCAGUCAUUACCAAAGAGACGGCAAAGGGACAAGAUGUGGUCGUUGUGGCCCAUUCGUACGGUGGCGCUGUUGGGGCUAGCGCCAUCAAGGGUCUUUCAAAGACACCAGACCUUCACUCCGACGAUGGCGAUUCCAGGCCCAGAACCAGCAGCGCUACAAACGUGGAGAAGAAUGCUACCACGCAGGGCCACGUCGUGAGCUUCGUGCUCGUCGCCAGCGGCCUUGUGAGGACGGGGCUCAGUUUUAUCGGUCACGUACCUGGCGGUACGCCUCCACCACAGUGGCGCGUCAACCUCGAGACUGGAUUUGCCGAAAUCACCCUCGACGCCGAGGGGAUUCGCGAGUUCUUCUACCACGACCUCUCAGAAGACGAGGGCAGGUUCUGGGUCUCGCAGCUGAAACCACAUGCAUUGAGGUCAGUGACCGAGGGCGGCGAGCACAUGUAUUCGGGCUGGAAGGAUGUGCCCUGCUGGAUGCUUGUCUGUACCGAGGACAGGGCAAUGCCGAUGGAGCUACUGCGGAUGAUGGUCAAGAACGGCCAGGACGAAGGGGCGGCGAUCACGCUCCGCGAGGCUUCCAGCAGCCACUCACCUAUGCUCAGCAUUCCAGACGUUGUAUCUGGGCUGAUUGUGGAGGCAGCCCAAGAGGCGCGGUCUUCAUCAUGA